AUGUCUUCCAUAAACGGCAGCGGCAGUCCUGACCAAGGCUCUGUAAAGGAGCCCUCAUGGAUACUGUUUGUAUCGGGCCCCACGGGCUCCGGAAAGUCUUCAGUCGCAAAGUUUCUCGCUUCGCGGCUAGGAGCGAAUUUCUUAGAAGGCGACGACCUUCACCCAAAAGCCAACAUCGACAAAAUGCAUAGAGGAGAGCCACUGACCGACGCGGACCGCCAAGGCUGGUUCGAAGCAAUCAACGAGCAAGCUUCAGCCUAUAACCGGCAACAAUCCCAGCACCACCAUCUCAUCAUUACAUGUUCGGCACUGAAACGAGCCCACAGGGACAUCUUGAGGGAAAGCUGCGAUCGUGCCGGGUAUUCUCUCGUGCACUUUUUCUUUCUCGAUGCCCCAGAGUCCCUGUUGCGACAGAGGACAGAGGCUAGACAGAACCACUUUGCCAAGUCAAACCUGGUCCACAGCCAGUUUGAUGUACUGGAGCGCCCUAGGAUUAAUGAAUACGACGCUACAAUUAUCAGCGUAGUGCCGCCGCUGGAGGGAGUGCAGAGCGAAACACUGGAUGCGGCUAUAGAGCUUCUUAAGAAAGAGCAGCCAUGCAAAUGA